CUAAAACCACUUCAAUUCAACAAACGUCGACCCUGGUUGAUAGAGAAAGACAGUGUGAGAGCUAUGAGCAGGCUGUAUUCACCAGAGGAUCCUUGGAGCACAGGUGAAAGUGACGCGAUAUCGUCGCAGGCAUGGCAGGAACAAGAUAUCCUUGACGAUAGCGAUGGCCACAACGCUUCAUCGGAGCAUGAUAACGUGGCCGCUUUGGAUUUCGUCAAUUGGUCCAAUGGCAUUAGAAGCAGCUACAAGGCCUUGUCCAAUGACAUCAUCACUGUGGAGGAGAUACCAGAAAAGGAAGGAAUCCUCUUCAAACACACAAACUAUGCGAUUCAGCACCUCGUCCCCUUGCCAGAUUCAGACUCCACUAAUAGUCGCAAGGUUGUUAGAAGGUAUUCGGAUUUUGUAUGGCUGUUGGAGGUGUUGCUGAUGAAGUAUCCGUUUAGGAUGAUCCCAGACUUGCCUCCGAAGAAAUUGGCCUCCAAUGGUGACUCUCUGUUCUUGGAGAGAAGACGUAAGGGUCUUGCCAGGUUUAUGAACCUGUUGAUGAAGCACCCAGUGUUGAAUAAAGAACCACUGGUGUUGAUGUUCUUGACAGUUCCAACAGAUCUAUCUAGCUGGAGAAAGCAAGCACAGUACGACUCCACUGAGGAGUUCAAAGAUAAGAAGAGCUCAAGGGAGUUCCAGGCACUAUGGGAAGACUCAUACUUGGAUAUGUGGGACGACGUUGAGAAGGAUCUACAAACGAGCCUGGACAGAUGGAGCAAAUUGGCAGUGCUGAUUGAGAGAAUAGAGGUCAGAUCCCGUCAAGUGGCGCAAGAUGAAGAUAAGUUCCAGAAAAUCCUCCAAGAUUUCAACACAGCAUUGCCUGGAAUGUAUCAAAUUGAUCAAGUUGACGUUGCCAUUAUCAGUGACGAUUUGAAAAUAGUUGGCAAGCACGUCGAUUCUACGAGAUCACUCAUAGAAGACCAGUGCAAUGAGAUCGUUAAAGACACCACUGAGGAUUUCAAGAAAUUUGCAGACGUUUUGUUAUCGAUGAAAUCUCUCUUUGACAGAUACAGAAGGCUCGGUGGGAAUCAGAUUGAGCAAUUGUCGAAGAGAUUGGAAUCAAACAAGGAGAGGUUACAAGAGUUGAACGGCAAGGCUGAUGUCAAGGGAAUGGAUAUCGAUAAACUACAAGAGGCAAUCUCCAAAGAUACAAAGGAGAUUGCUGAACAGACCAACAGAGAUUGGCUAAUAAAGGAGACUGUUCUCACGGAAUACGUCAUGUUCCAAGAGACCCAGUUCCAAUUGACAAAGGUGUUCCAGGAAUGGAGCAGAACGAAGAUGAAAUAUUCAGAGCUCCAUUCGAAUAACUGGGGACAGCUGAUCAAUGCUCUCCAUGACAUGCCCCUGUCAAGACACACAUAGACUGACU